AGUCAUUUCCACACAUUUAUUGCGAAGAUAUCUUUUAUUUAUUUUCCGAAACAAUCUAUGAAUUAUAUAAGGAGUGAUUAUGUUAAGAUUUUUAUACGAAAACUUUAGUAUAGUUUAACCAUAGCUUAUUUAUAACCCGUCGUACACUAUGGCACCGUGUGACUGCAGCAAUUACUGGAUAAACUUCCUGCUUCCAAAAGAAUGUCCACAGUGCAUGCACUUGGGAAUGAAGCUGAUCAACAUGCCCGCGAUGAUCGGUGACCGCGUCAACCAAAUAUUGGAACCUAUUUUGAGUCAGUACAACAACACAGCCUGCGUGGGUAACAAAGCGGCUUCUGACAUGUGCCCCAUCACCGCUAUGAUUGGCACCAGUGUCUGCGACAGCUUCAAUGUUAACAUAACCGCAAUUGGGAUGACGGCUGCCAACCUUCCUGAGCACGGCUCAAUUGAAUUGUUCCCAGAUGCGGGUAUGGAGAUAUCCGUUGUUAUGAGAAGUUGUGGAGUCCUUAUGAGUGGUGACACCCCGAAAUGCACACCAAUUCUUGACCUCGUCGAGGCCGGGCAGAGAGCGGACGUCCUCUUCAAGCUAUCAUUGUUGUCUGCCCAAUAUAAGACAGUCACAUACAAUGGGCUAUUUUGUCAGUCGGUUAACGGCUUCAUCCCAACGCCCAUCAUCACGGACACAGCAACCAUGGCUCCAUUACCCACGGUAUCAAGAGUUACUGUAAGCAACACGGAGGGUUCUGACAAACACACAUUUGACAAGGGUAAUUCUGGAAACAAUUUGGGCUUAGCCAGUAAUCUUAUUAUGAGGUGUUUGGUGAUUCUUCGAUUUUAUGAGUAAAAAACAGUACAACUCUGCAAAUUACAGAAGCACCUAAUUGGUUGAAGCCCGUUGACUGUUUUAUUGUUUAUCCCUGUAAGACUAUUAUGUAGAACUGCGUUACUGUUAAUCAUCCAAUUUAGGACAUCAAACAUACCGCUCACUAUAUAAUUAAACCGAUGCUGGAAACAAGUAAAUUUUAAAAUAAUAAAAAGUUUUAUGGCUAUCCAGUUAUACAGGGUAUCAUGUGCCAGAAAUCAUACCAAUGGAUUUUAUAAUUAGCAAUACCACGUUGAACGCUUUGUGAAUAAAUCUGUAUUAAAUUCUGUUUGUAUUUGUCUUACGGUUAUCAAUUAAAUGUGAACGUUACUUA